ACCAGAUCGAGGGAGCUUCACGAAAUGGCCCCCCUUCAAAUCAGAUUCCACCUGCGUUUCGACCCGCAACCCCUGGGCACUCCGCGGGUUGCGUUGAACGCGCCGUCUCCCGACUGACGUCCUGGGGCGCGGAUGUUCGAUUUCGACGAGAUCGAGGAGACGGCCGAGCGAGAGGGCGGAUGGAAAGAAGGCGCAGAUGGAGAGACGCCCGUGGGCGCUGGGGCGGUGGAAGGUGCGAGCGGCGGUGCGGCGGCACAGGACGAGAAGGGCAUGUUCGACUUCGAUGACUUGGAGGACACGCUCCCGGCCAUGUCUUCCAAGGUGGUGCCGAGUUCAGCCGACAUGCAAGUUGAAGUGCUUUUCCAGCACCAAGGCGAAGCCUGGACGCGCAGCUACCAAGUUGCUUCUGCAUCGACGGUCUUGGACUUGAAGAAACAGAUCGGGGACGAGGUGAAAUCCAUUCAGUUGUGUCGGUUUGGUCGGCCACUGGCGGAUGGCGACCUUCUGAAGGAGAACGAACGACUCCACUUUGCGUUCGUGGGGCCGCGCAGCCCGACGGCGACCCGGCAGCGCCCGAAGCCGGUCGAGAAUACAUGGGCUGGAGAUGAAGAGGUGACCAUCGUCCUGGAUGCGGCGCUCCAUCUCUGCCAGACUCGACGGGUGCCCAAGGCGCGGCGAUGGCCUCUCCACCCUAAAGCUUUGGCCUCCAAUGGCCUAGCGAAGGGCACCAGUGUGGCUGGGCUGAAAGCGGCCAUGGCGAAGGAGGAUCCGACCAAUGCCACCCAAGCGAAGGACUUCGAGCUGGGCAUUUGCGGCGGCUCGGGCCACGCGCUGGCGGAGGAGGUGGUUUUGUCCGACAUCGGGGUUCGACACUUGGACUUACUGCCAGCUCUUCCAGUUCGCUGAAGGCGGCUCGUGUGGGCCGGGUGCCGCCAUUUUCCCAACGAGGCAUGGAGCCCCGUAUCGCCCCCAGACCCCAGCUUGCGCCACCUGACUGCCGCGUUCGUGGGCGGAA